GGUAGGCGAGGUUUCCAGUGCUGGUGCUGAAGUGAAGGGCAGUCGUUCUACAUUUUCACUAUCGACGGGUUACGGAUAUGUUUAGUCAUUUUUUUUUAUUUGCCAAUAUUUUGUUGACUCUACCCCCCCGCCCCCGCCAUCCGGUUAUGUGAGGAAACAGCAACAGCGUCAUGACAUUCCACCAUUUUUUAAUGGAACGGAGAUUCUCCACCACAUUUUUCAAUGCAUUUUUUCCCUUGCACUUGAACGAAGACGAAACAAUAUGCAUAAUUACACUGUGACAGUGCACAAAUGACAAGUGACGUUUAAUUAACUUUGAGAUCGAUGGAAAAGUCGAAAUGUUCAGUGAAAUAUAAAUUCGUGAACACAACGAAAGUACACAAUUAUGAAGUGAAAAAGUGAGAUAUGAGAAUCAAGGUCCAGUUCUCAACGUCAUUGUAGAGUAUCUAUACGAGGGUUGUGGAUGUGUGUAUGUGUGAGGGUGUGUGACAAUAGUGUGAGUAAUGGUGGCAGCAUCAGUAGCGACAACUAAAAUGUCGGCGACGGCCGUAGAAACAGUAUUUGUAGUAUCAGAAUCAGUGCAACACUAGUGAUCGUAAAUGAUGAUGGUGGUGACAAAGAGGAAAUAGUUGAGCCCCUUGAGUUGUCGGUGAUUAUCCCGAAUUUGGUGUCUCAGCGAGUCCUAUUUUUUUUUUUGCAUCAUCAUCAGUUCUUAUUUACGAUAUAUUUUGUCCUAUAGGAUUCGGCUAAAGAAUGGAAUUUCCUUUUCCCUCCUCUGCUUUUCCAUUUCCACCCCACUGUUCGCCUCUCUCUCUCCCUCUCGUUUCUUAUAUUUCCCUACCAUACUGCGCAACAUAACAUGCGCGUACAUUCUCGUGAGUAUACGUAUACGUCAAUGUACGCUAUCGCUGGACUGUAGAACUCCACACAAUUUUAUCAAAGAGAAAGGGAAUUUUUCGUCUUAAUAAUUCUCCGCAGGAUGUGAAAUUAGUGGUGCUGAAAGUGACAUUAUCGGCGUAUACAAAUUGACGAAAAAAUUGGGGAAGAAAAAAUCGAAUUUGGAGAAUGGUAAUGGCCCCAAAAAUCUUAAAUAAUAGAGGGGAAGAAGGUCUAUAAUAUUUAGGGGGAGUGUUAUGCCGAGACUAGACGCGAGUGAACGACAAGUUGACGUGGGAUUGGAAUCAGGAAAAGAGGAAAAAAAAAGUUGAAGCUGGUGGAUGGUAAAGAGAAAGGGGGGUGGGUCUACAGGGAGGUGGAAAAUGCUGAAAGUGCAGUGGUGAUGUGGCUCAAGGGGUGGAGUGACUCGACGGCAUCAAGAGAAGGGUGAAUAAUUGAGGGAAUAAUAAUAAUAAAAAAUAGAGCUUAUCGAAGAUUGGAUUGUAGACCCGCUGGGCGCGGGGUGUGCCCAUGAAUCUUUGUACGCGUGCUGUGUGUGCGCGGCCGGUAUGCGUGCCACUACUAUCACUCGUAGUGUUAUCACAUAUAACCAAUUCUUGUUUACGGCCAUUUUGUGAGAACAUUUCCUUGAGAGUACGGAAGAUCUGAGUAAUAGGAUCAACUCGGUAAUUAAGGGAGUGUAGAUAAUUGAUUUGAGAGGACGCAUCGAGACCUUGAAAUAAUAAGAUCGUGAAAAAAAGGCCUGGUGGGGUGGAGACGUCAGUGUGGUGGUGGUUGUAGCCAGCAUGCAGCAUGAACCGCGUGUGUCGUCGGACCAUCAGCGUGAGGCCGAAGACGCAGAAGAAUUAUUCAUUGCAGGGAGUGAAAAAAUUGAAGCGUGUCAAGUGGGAAAUACGUGGGAGGAGACACAACUGUUGGAGGACGCUUGUCACCGACGUGCAAGAAGAAAAACAAGAUCGAAUAUAUAUUUGUCUUUGGUGGAGGGAUACGAAUUGUACGUAUUGCUUUCAUAUCGUUGGAGGGAAUUCGGCUUGGGGGAGGUAUCCGACUGCAACGACAACGUAUUUACUGCGGAAAAUAUUUCAACGACGAAAGAUCAGCUACGAGUACGUCCGUUACUUCGUGGUUGUCAUCGUCGUUGGAUUAUCGGUGUUACUGGAACAGCUGGUUUUAUGUAAUCGGCCGGAAUCUCGGCUGGUCAGAUUGUUUAUUAAACAGCAACUGGUUAAAUUACCAGGUGCUGUGGCAAUACAAGGGGUCAGCUGCGACAGCGGCGACGGGCCCAGGCCAUCGUGGCGAUUUCAGCGAUGCGGCCCGGAUCAAACAGGACCAUCAACCCGCGCCGUCGUCCCUGUCGCCGGCGAGCCAGGCCCGAGCCAGCGUGGUGUUGUAUACAAGAAAGAAAGAUAGGAGAAGGAGAAUACGGGGUAAAUACGACGAACGAAGAGGCCCUUGGCGGAAGAGCUAUUAUUGUUUUUGGGAACAAACUCCUUGGUUUUGGCGGAAAAGAAUAUACAGUAGGAGAGGGCGGUCGACGCUCACCUCCCAGAAGGAGCGCCGACAACGUCGUCGUGGGGACGUCAGUGUCCCCUGUCACGUGCUCAUGCAACUCGAGCAUCUGCCCCGUAUCACGGGAUCACCAUCCAGGUCGGAAAGGAAGACCGUGUGGAACGUGUUGGCGGAGUUGCACAUUUAUUACCAAACGACAACUACCGCCCAUUUUAUUUCGGUCUCUUCGUCAAUAUACUAUUUUAUUGACAGCGUACUUAGAGAUGGCACAUGGAGAGGAGGACCCUAUCAUGACACCUUCCUUCAAAUUUUACGUGCCAAAUGGACCAGCUUAUUCGAUCCUCACAAGGAAUAUGACUGUCAUAAAAAUGUUAAUGUGCAAAUCCGGAGAAUUGCCUUCAAAGCUACUUAUUCCAACUACGAUAAACAAUUUUUAUCCAAUCAAUAUACCAUACGUAUUUUAUUUUUCUUCCCCGACUCGACGAGUUUCACACUUAACACACUUGUCCACCAAGAUGAUGAACCUUUUGCACGUAAUAAGUCAUACGAUGGAGCGUUAUUAUAUCGUGGACUGGUUUCAUUGCCGAGGAAUAACACUGAAUAUACAAUUGCUAUGGGUGUGUUUGAUGACACUGCCUUCAAAUAUUCCAACAACACACAACCGGGCCGCUCGUUUAUUCUCAAAAAUACCCCAAGACUUGAUACCAGUUCACCCUAUAAUUCAACUAGUCAAGCAAAUAAUCUUGAUAAUUAUUUGGUGUUUGAGAAGCACUCGACAUUUGACAAAUCCAAGGAAUUCAAAGCCACCAGUCAGGGGCAGAAUGUUACCAUUGUUAAACACAAAUCUGAUAAUGUGUCGUUGGAAAAAGACGAUAGCAGUGAGACUAUUCGGGAAAGGUCAACGUCAAAUGUUAACAAGUAUGAAAAACAUACGGCUGACGAAUUUUUACGCCGUCGAGUUACAAACAAGAGUUACGGUUCAAUAUUUCUUCUGUACUUUUUGGCUCUACCAUUACUAUGCUCGACGUAUCCAUCAACCGAUAUUAUUACAUCAGUGUCAUUCGUCCAAAAAUCAUCACUGGUACAUACGGAUAACAGUACAGUACAUAACUUAUCACCAAUUGCCCAUCUUCGUAGUGGUGGUAGUGGUAUUAGUGGAGAAUCCCACAACGAAUAUCCACAGGGGAGAGAACAAGUUCAUCCUUAUAACGAAUAUACCUGGGAGGUGAACCAGAUAAAUCCAUGGCUUUCGGCUUGCGAUUUAGCAGGUCCAGCACCAGCCGAUCUUCAGGGCAGCUGUGGACCUCCUGAAGUACCUAAGUAUUGUCCAAUAUCGUGCCCACUCAGUGUUAAUAUCGAUAAGGUAUUCCGUGAGGUUGUUGAGCGACUUGUUGUACCAAAAAAAUGGCGUACUGGCUCAGCUGCUAAAGUACAAUGGAAAACAAGUGAUACAACAGUCAAGGGCAGUACGGCUCCGGAUCAGUGCCUUUUUUAUCUUGAGGAGUCACACAAACGGGACAUCUGCCGAAAAGAUUUUGGACAGUCCAGUUCGUUAAGUUUUUCAACCUCACGGGAGAAUCGAUAUUGGUUUUUAAGUGGGCUACGUCUACGCCAUUGCUGUGAGUAUGCGGUUAUAAAUGCCUUGGCACCCGGUGACGGUGGCCCUCUGGAGGAUGUUUUGAGUGGUAGUCCAAAAUGCAGUAGUGCCCUUGAAAAAAUAUUAAAAGUUGAUGUACUUGCUGCUAGAUUACACUGUGAGUUUGAGGAGGUAUUGUCGCGAUACGAUUGCCGCCAGUCAUAUUCGGUCAUCCAUAAUUGCACCCACUGUAAGGAGGCAUAUAGAAAAUGGGUGUGCAGCUCUCUGGUGCCUUAUUUUGCUCAUGAGGGACCGUCGAUCUCAUUGAAUUCAGUGGAAGUAUACGUUGGUACGAGAUUGAGACCCUGUCGGUCUUUCUGCCAGUCUGUAGAACAACGUUGUCCUUACCUACUUCCAGGUGAUCGUGCACCUGCAUAUCCAACACAGUACGCCGGUGAACCAACUUUUCUUUGCAGAGAUCCAAAUAUCCCAGAAACUGGUGGACAAGCCGUAAGAGCACUGCAUGGAGAUGAGGAAGAGGAGUGUUGCUUCCGUGUUUGUUACGAUGAUGAGCCAGCGUCGGGUGUUUGUGCCAAUUGUACUAAUAAUGAACCCCACGGACGUCGCAUUGGUCGAGAUCCACCACUAGCUCCGCAUUGCGAAAUGACAAACGCUGGUCAACCUAACUUUGCAGAUCCACAAAGCACCGCGAGAAAUAGUCCAGAGUUCUCCGUGCCACCAUCCACCAAGAGUGCCUCCUCUUCAUUCUGCGUCAGCGGUGGGACUGACACUACAUCACCAUUACCAACAUCAUCAUCAUCAUCAUCAUCAUCUUCAUCAUCAUCAUCAUCGUCAUCGAGUAAUGCAACAUCGUUACCAGUGCCCGUAUCAUUACUUUGUCUGGCAUGGAUUUGGGUCGGGCUAAUUUCCCUUUGUACCGGUCAGAUGAUUUUUCUCUGGAGUCCCGCCCUUGAUGCUAUCUUUGUACGUAGUACUUCGAGCUGUUUGAUGAGAAGCGGAACUUCCACCGUUGACAAGUCUUCACCGAUACAACGCAACCACUUGUCAGUGAUAAAAUUGACAAAAGUAACGAAAAUGGUUGAUAAGUUACAUCGUGUAAUGUUCAAUAAUUUUGUGCGGGGGUUAUUUAUAUGCUGUCAAGAUAGUUGGUCUUAUUGGUGGUGUCGUGCAUGUAGCACAAUUUGUACCACAUAUAUUUCCUGUCAGCCAUUAAAAUUACAUCAUGUCAAAAUACGUAUGGAAUUGAGGAAGCAGGAUAUUGAUCAUCACGACGAGGGCAGACGAUCUCUUUCAUUUGGCACAUGGCAUUGUACUCAUUACAGUCUUUCAACGAGAAAGAAGGCAAGAAUGUCCAGUGGGAGAUUGAAGAGAAGGCGACGAAGGCUAUUUUCGUUGAGUCCAUCCAAGUGGAAGACACCUUACUAGCUCGCACUUCUCUUUCAGCGAUUAUCCCCAUUGUAGAAAAAACAAAAAAAAAAAAAAAAACUCAAGAUAAUAUUAAAAGUUUCAAUGAAAUGCCUGAAACAUAAAGUGAAAAAUAUGGAAAUAUUAAUUGAAAUUAAUGAAUUAAAUAAUAAAUAGUAGAAUUCGUGAGGCAGGAACAUUUUGGGAUCCCCUUGCUUCGAUUACCGAUGACAGGGUCACCCGAGAGUCUAUGUGUUUAUGAUGUCCAUGACACUCUCCAUUGGCUACAAGGAAAAUAUUCCAUGUAUACAUAUUACAUCGGAAGGAUGCAAAGAAAAUAUAUGAAAUUUAUUUCCAUUUCUCUUUUCUCCCCUCUCAUCAGUGUACAUCUGUAUUUGCCCUUUCCAAACGCACUGCCACGUUUGGCAUAAAAAACCAUUUGAUGUUAAUAAAUCGUCGCAAUUCAAACACGGAAUUUUCAACGUUCAAUCAUUAAUCUAAUCAAUUAUCCCGCCUUCAAGAAUCGCACAGAUGGCAACACCAUGAGCGUGAAACGAAUAGUAUAUUUCGAUAAAAGUGCGACGGGGGGUGGGGACGAGUGUGAAGUUGGCGGCCCGAUACGAAGCCGAGUUCAAAUCCCGCCGCACCUAUAUCCAAAGUGUAUUUUUUGGUUAAUGAUGUUACACUCAGCGAGUGGCAAAUUUUGUCAUUUCUCGUUUACUAGUUUUAGUAAACGAAAUGUUUAGUCGUUAACAAGUUUCGAUUUAUCGUUUACAAGUGAGGGAAAAGGGAGUUUUCAUGAUGGACUGAAGGUAGCAGCAGUGACAAAAAAUAUAAUUUCAUUAUUGUUAGCGUUUGUUCAAUGAAGGCAACUCUUCCAGAAAGAGAGGGAUAUGAGUAAUCGAAGAGAAUGAAUAAACUAAAUUGAACGUAAUGUGGUGAGAUUUGUUUUUACGUUCAAGUGAGACAAAACGACAUAUAAAUAAUGUGAACCAACCCAUAAAAAUAAAUUAGGGGAAUGGAAAGUUAUGAGAAUUGGAUAGUUACUGAGUACCUCUUCAGAAGAGCCCUAAAAAUAAUGAUAUUUAAAAUACAAUAAUAAUGCUAGUAAUAAUAUAUUAUUGAAAUAACUGGAGAAGAAUGAAUAAUGAAUGAAUUGAUGAUUAUAAAAUUGAAUGACAACAGGAAAUAAUAAUGCCGUGAUGAUUUAAUAAUAAUGUCGUCGUAUACAACUCACCUAUGAAUGCAUAAGAACAUAAAAUUUUAUUUAUAAUAAAGAAACCACAAUGGGUAAAACGGCUAUAUAAGACAUCAAGAGAUUUAAAAUCCACCCAAAAUUUAAGUCAUACUGACGUAUAUGCAACACAAGUAGAAUCAAAUAGUAGUGAGGCAGUGAUAGAACUGAGAGUAAACUAUGCAAUUAUAGAAACUACCGUUGGAAAAAAAAGUAUCAUUUUGCAAAAUAGAAAAAAAAAACACGGAAGACAGAUACUUCCAUGAAAAAAAAAAUAAUAAUUAUAAUUAAAGAGCGAAAUGCAGAACUCAAUGGAUUGAUAAAUUGAAUUCUUCAAAAAUAAACAAUUUUAUUGAAGGUUGAGAGUGAUUAUUGUAAUUGAAGUAUAAUAUGUGUUCGUUUAGAUAUUAUACACAUAAUAGCUCUUAUAUCCAAUGGACGUUGGAGAUGAGAAGGAACAAUGUAGAGUGAAUAAAUGAUGGAUGAUAGGCUUGAAAAGUAAUGCAAGUUCGUUGACUUGAAUAAUGGAAAGAUGUGAAAAAUGGCAAUGGGAUGCUAAGAGUGGUAAGCAAGUCAAGAACAUGAGAUACUUAAUUAAAUAAGUGAAUGGAGUCAACUACGUUGAUUCCAGUGAAAACAAAUUUAAUAAUUUCAAAAACAAAAAUAUACAUACAUUUUUGUAGCAAUGAAGAAAAACACAAAAUAUUCUUAGGUAAAACGUGAUAUGGUGAUAGAAGAUGAAAAAGUGUGAUUUUAUCGUUUCCCUCCCCUUUUACUUUGAGCGUAUCUCAACACAGUUUUAUUGUUAUCAUUAAUUUUUUCAGUAAAAUUCAAAAGUUUCAAAAUGGAAUGGAUCGAUUAUGAUUGGAGGAGUUAAUGAUUCAUGAAAUGGCGAUGGCAGAGGGGGCGGGGAGGGGAGGGAGAAGAUGGGUCAUAGAUAUAGAUAUAUAGAUGUUUUGAAGGAAUAAUAGAAAUAUCAUGAGAUGGGCUUAAUGGAAAUUCCCGAACAGUACAAAUCGCACCCCGAUUCGAUUGUCGCUUCUAUUCCACACUCACUGCCACAUAUUCUGCCUCUUUUUUUGUUAUCGAGCACGAGGAUAUAGGUCACAAUACGCACAAAUCCAAUAUGGCAUUAAGACAUGUAUGAAGUUGAGUUCGAUGAAUUAUGUGUUUUAUUUUGCAUUUAGUUUGUAUGUAUCAGUAUUUUCAUUUUAUGGACUAUCUGUAGCACAGGAAAUAUCUGAGUCUGGUAUUAUCGAGUCUAGGACAAGUGAGAGUGACUCAAAAUUUACUCCAAGUGUCAUUACUGUAAAGAAAAACUUGCUCCACUGAACAUUCAUCACGAAUGGAAAAUUAUGAAACAAGAUCACAGUUUAAGGACCUAAGUGGACGAAAUAAAGAUAAAGGAAAUGUCGAAUGUUUGAAAAUUUUAUCAGUAUCAUCACCACAUCUUCGAUUCAAAAUUCUAGGAAUAAUUUUUACCUCCAAACCCCGUAAUUUUUUUGACGCCGGGUUAUCUCUUCUUGAGAUCAGAUUGAAUGUCUGCAUUAUUCGAAAUCAAUAUGGCCAACUGCAUGUUAUUUACUGAAGAUUUUUAUCUGUAAUCCACUGAGAAAAAAAUUGGUUUUACCAAAUGUCCAUUUACUUGAAGAAAAUAUUUCUUUUUUCUAUCGUUUAUUUGUGAAAUCGAGGAAUACUUGUAUUGUUCUAGAAUAUGAUCAUGUUAAUUAUAACGUUGAGUGAACUCCUUCAAUAAUUAUGAACAUUAAGUAAUUCAUCGAAAUUCUUUUCUCAAGAAAAUGAGAAAUUUAGAAAAACAAAAUAAUUGUCAAUGGAGUUCAUUCAAGGUCAGGGAUAAAAUAAUCAUCUUCUAGAGUGAUAUGAUUAUCGUGAUUGAAAGCUAAUUGUGUCUCCCUUGGCAGGGAUUAGACUGCAGAAAUACAAUUUUUAGAAAAUAAAUUCUUCUCUGAUGUAAAUGGAUAUUUGGAAAAAAUUAUUUUUUUUCUCCAUACUUACACAGAAAAUACUAAAAUCGUAAGAUAUGAAAUUUAAAUCAUAACUUAAAAUAACAUAACUAAAAAACGUAAUUUCCUAUUCAUAAAAUGUAAUUUACGAUUUUCAAAAUGCAAACUGUGAGUUCAAGCUCGUAAAUAGCGAGUCCCUAACUCACCAAUUACAAUUUCAAAAAACGUUAAUAAUAAUUCUGAAAAUCAUAAUUGUUGAGAUUCGACCUCAUAAAUUAGGUUUUUUUGAAGGUAAAAUAUGAGUGAUUUAUGCUUUUUACUCCGGCGUUUACGAGAUUUCAAUUUUGUCAAAUCCUUGAUUGAUGAAAUCGUAAAUACAAUCGAAAAGAAAAAACAAUCGCCAAUAGGAUAUCUUUACGUUUCAGAUGAUUCUGAAUCGUCUGAGCCCAACUUCCGGAGACAGUUUUUCAAAAAAUGUUCAAGACAAUUUCAAAAAUUUUGUAAAAAACGCUUAUCCUUUUGUAAAAAGGACAUACACCUCAAAUCUCGAAUCGAAUCGAACAUAUCGAAAUUCCGUAACACUUAUUCGUGAUUGGUAGAUACAUUCACAGCGGCGAAAAUUUGAAUUUCACAAGUACACAAGUAUCAAGUAAAUCAAGUCAAAGGAUGAGUUAAUUAGUAGAAAAUAAAAACUUAGUUAGAAAAUGGAAAUGAAACAAGUUACUCAUCAAAUGUAAAUAUCUAUAUCUUAUCGAAACUCCUGUAUUUUCCAAGUCGUCUUACAGCUUCAAGACAUUUAAAAUUUUGCAUGUUGCCUACAAGUGGGAAAUAGAUCAGCUGUGAAUAUAUCAGCAAUUUUUAAAGAUCCAUGUUUACGAAAUGAUGACGUGUUCAACGUCAUACGCGAUUACUUCAGGAUCAUUUUGGUAUAAUUAUUUUGAAUUUAAAUAUUACAUUGACUUUUUAUAUCCCUAUAAUUCAACUGCUCUACUCAUACAGUAGUUAAAAUAAGGUGCGCUCACCACAAAUGUGACUUAAAUAAAAAAUAUCACAACAAUUAAGAUUAACCAAAUCGCGCGCGGUGGCGUGCGACUAUGUCUCGUUAAAUCAAUAAAACAAUUACAAGUGUCAGAUGGAUCAAAUAUUCCAAUAGUAUUCUACAACUGCAUAAAUUCGUAGUAAUUUGACAUUUACAAAUUUUUAAUUGGUUUAAUAAGCGUCUUUCGCCGUAUCUUCAAAAUGCCUGUAAAAUUUAAAAAAAAAUGGCUCUAAAAGUGGAACUUAGGUGAUUCAAAAUCAUCUGAAACGUGAAGAUUUCAUAUUGGCAAAAAAAGUUUUUUUUUCAAUUGCGUUUACGAUUUCAUCGAUCAAGGAUUUGACGAAAUUGAGAUCUUGUAAAUGACAAGUAAUUUACGUUUUCCAACUCGUAAUUUACUUUUUUUGAGACGUAAUUUAUGGUUUGAAAAACGUAAUUCACAUGUUUAAAAAUCACGAAAAUUACAAUUGAUUAUUUUUCCCACCCAAAUUUCAGCCAAUAGAAUUGCACCAUUUGUUGAUAUUUUGUAUAGCCUACCUCGAAUAUCAGCGAUAAUUUUUUGAAUAUUUUGGUAAACAAACGACACUUAACCAAAUAAACCUCUUUUCAUGUCAUGGCACAAUUCUCUUGGCCGAAAUUUGGAUAGGAAAAAUAAUCCCCUGAAUACCACUCGAGCUUCAAAAUUAUAGAAUAUUUCCCUCUAGGUUCCCUGCAUACAAAUGAAGUCGUCAAGUUUUUCAGGAAAAAUCACUCGUGCUUCGCACUCGUGAUUUUUUAGCCUGAAAAACUUGACUCCUUCAUUUGUUUGCAACGAAUCUAUCGGGAAAUAUUCGAUAAUUUUGAACCACUUGUGGUAUUAUAUGUGAAAAUUCGUAUUUUACGAUUAGUUUUUUCUGUAUGUAGUUCUCAGUAUUUAAAGAUAAUUGUAAUUGUCUACCGCUCCCAUCUGGUUCCCAAAAUCCAAAAAGACCUCUGGAUAAUUAUCCUUCCAAAAGUCCUCAUUUGAAAAAAUCUCUCGAAGAAAAAUUCUGUCUAGACCGACACCCACAAAAACGCCCCGAUAACUACAAUAACCAAAAUGUAAACGUACACAAAUUAAUUGUAAUAUCCUCAGAAAUCUAGUGAUUACUGAUUUUCAAAUUAAAAUCUGUAAUCCUUCUUCCUCUUUCUCCGAAGAGGAAUUUUCCAAAAGAGAAAAUUUGGAGAGACAUUUUUAUCAGGAGAGGAAAAUUUGGAGAGAAAAUUUUGAAAAACAUUUUGUCCGGAGAGAUAAAUGUCGGUCACCUUCCCAUUUCAUUUUUAAAUCUGAAAAAAUACGUUGGAAGUUAAAGGACUUUUGUUAGUUUCACUCAGCGCUUCGAGCAUAUUCAGUCGGUUUUAAUUGUGCAUCUUGUGAUGAGUCUACAAAUUAUUUUGCUUCCCAUUUAGCAUAAGGAAAUUUCGCAAAAUUACCGGACGUAAAGUGUUUUAACCGCCGUCAAUUAAGGAAUGGCUGCUAUGGCCUGGGCAAUCACGAUGUCACUUUCCAGGUAGGAAUUCACCAAUGGCCCAGGCUUCACCCAAGAUAUUCCCAAGACUAGGUGAGCUUGCAUCAGGCUUGGCACCCAAGCCUGGACCAGUAGUGGAUGAGCAUUGGAAUGUAACGUGGGGCCAGGCCUGGUAAUGAGGGCUGGCCCAAGCUAACUUAUUAAGGCUGGUCCAGGCCUUCGAACCAGCACCCUACCAGGCUCAUAUAUUAAAAAAUGCCGAGGCUUUAUUCAAACAGUUUAUAGUACUGAACAUAUCCAGAUAAAUGACAAAUGAACCAGAUACCCUGUGGCAUUCGAAAACUUACUUUACACUUAUGUAACAAUAUGGGCUCAACAAUUAGGCAUAAUACCAUAGGGAAUUGCCACCCUUUGGUUUGACGUGUAAGUAGAAUCAGCAUACCGGCUAGUUAAGAAGAAAUAAAUUUCAGCGAGUUGGUCAGUCUGGGCCCAGGACUGGUUGAGGAGCUAUGAACCGAGGCUCAAUGAACCAGACUUUUCCCAGGCUUGGCACAAGCUUGGUACCCAGGUUUGAUAUCAGGGAAGGAUCCAAGCCUGGGCUUUUUCUGGUGUGACUAAGAUACCAAGCCUGGUCGAGUCUAGGAUUACCGAAGCUUGGUCAGCCGAGCCUAACCCACAGUUGGCCCGGGCGUGAAGCUUGGCGACUCCUACCUGGGCUGUGGAGAAGAGUUGCAUAGUGCAAUUGACAUACUUAGUUCUUCCAUUUUACUAAGUGAAGGGUUUAAAGAUUUCGUUGGAUAAACUAUCAUAUUAAAAAUUAAAUUAGUGAUAUUUAUUAGAAGCCACUGAAAACCGAAUUUAAAUGAUUGAAAUGUACACACAGAAAUAAAAUGUCCGCAAAAUAAGAGAUUUUAAACGUACGGUUUUGAAAACGUAAAUUACGAGGUUGAAUACGUGAAUUAUUAUUUUAAAAACGAAAUUUAUGAUUUAAAAAAUGUAAUUUACGGUUUUUGCAACGUAAAAACUGUAAAUUACGAUUUCAAUUAACGCAACGUAAAUUACGAGAUCUCAUCUAGUAAAUUACAUUUUUGGGGAGGUAAAAUAGAAGGUCAUUUAUAAAAUCUCAAUAAGGCAAAAUCCUUGAUUUAUGAAAUCGCAAAUGCAAUCGAGAAAAAAAUUUUUUUUGCCAACAUGGAACCUCUCUCUUUCAAAUGAUUCUGAAUCAUCUGCGCUCACCUUU